AACCGAGAAGCGGAGCUGCUGUUAUCUUCUUUUAUUUUUCUGCUUUCCUCAUUUUGCAUUAGGGUUUUCGGAGGGCACAACAAAAUUUCAAUCACAGGGUCAUCGAUUUUCCCGCCACAAGGUUCAUGCGAUGGAUAUGUCAGAUGCUGUCAUUGUCAAAUCUAGUAGGCUGAAAUCUGUUGUAUGGAAUGAUUUUGAUAGGAUAAAAAAAGGAGAUACCUGUGUGGCUAUCUGUAGGCAUUGUAAAAAGAAAUUGAGCGGGUCAAGUUCCAGUGGGACAUCACAUCUAAGGAACCAUUUGAUCAGGUGUCAGAGAAGAUCUAAUCAUGGCGUAGCACAAUUCAUUACUUCAAGAGAGAAGAGAAAGGAAGGGACUCUUGCAAUUGCAAAUUUCAAUUUGGGUCAAGAUCAGAGCAGAGAUGAAACCCUUAGCCUUGUGAAUAUUAAAUUUGAGCAGACACAGUUGAAAGAUGAAUCUGUCAAUGCUGGAACUAGUACCUUUGAUCAAAGACGGAGUAGAUUUGAUCUUGCUCGCAUGAUCAUCCUACAUGGGUAUCCAUUGGAUAUGGUGGAGCAUGUUGGUUUCCGAGUUUUUGUAAAGAAUCUACAGCCGUUGUUUGAGCUUGUGACAUUGAAUAGGGUUGAGGCUGAUUGUAUUGAGAUAUAUGAGAAAGAGAGAAAAAAGAUGAAUGAGAUGUUAGACAAACUACCUGGGAAAAUCAGCCUUAGCGUCGAUGAGUGGACUGCUGGCGGGAAUGCUGAGUAUUUGUGUUUGACAGCGAAUUACAUUGAUGAAUCAUGGCAGUUAAGAAAGAAGAUAUUAAAUUUUAUAAGGGUUGAUCGUUUUCACACUGAAGACAUGCUUUCAGAAGCUGUCAUGACUUGUCUGAUGGAUUGGGAUAUUGACCGCAAGUUGUUCUCCUUGAUACUGGAUAGUUGUUCUACUUCUGAUAACAUUGCGAUUAGAAUCAGUGAGAGGCUUUCACAAAACAGGUUUCUUUACUGUAAUGGGCAACUAUUUGAUAUACGCUGUGUUAUAAAUGUUCUUAAUAUCAUGGCUCAACAUGCUUUGGGAGCUGUGAGUGAAAUAGCGGAAAAGAUUCGAGAAAUUGUUCGCUAUACUAAAAGUUCACAAACUGUGCAGGCAAAGUUUAAUGACAUGGCUAAAGAAGUUGGGAUCCUGAGUCAAAAGUGCUUGUUUCUAGAUAAUCCCUUGCAAUGGAAUACGACUUAUUCAAUGCUUGAAGCUGCCUUAGAAUUCAAGGAUGUUUUCAUUCUUCUGCAAGAAAAUGACACAUCCUACAGAAUCUGUUUAUCUGAUGUAGAGUGGGAGAGGAUCAGCACAGUUAAUAGCUACUUGAAGCUUUUUGUUGAUGUCAUUGAAAUUUUCACUAGGAGCAAGUUUCCAACAGCGAACAUAUAUUUUCCUGAACUCUGUGAUGUUAAGUUGAAUUUGAAUGAAUGGUGCAAGAACUCGGAUGAAUAUAUCAGUUCUUUGGCAUUGAGACUGAGAAGUAAGUUUGAUGAAUAUUGGGAGAAAUGUAGCUUAGGGUUGGCAGUAGCAGCCAUGUUAGACCCUAGAUUUAAGAUGAAGUUGUUAGAUUAUUACUACCCACAAAUCUAUGGUAGCAUGUCUCCCGGUCGCAUCGAAGAGGUCUUUGAGGGUGUGAAGGCUCUAUACGAUGAACAUUCAAUAGGCUCCCCAUUAGCUUCUCAUGAUCAAGGUUUGGCCUGGCAGGUUGGCAGUGGGACACUUUGCUUACCAAGUUCCACUAAGGACUCCCGGGAUAGACUGAUGGGGUUCGACAAAUUUCUCCAUG